AUGCCGCUCUUCCUGGUCGUCUGCUCCGACACUGUGGAGAACCGCAAGCUCUGCCAAUUGACGCGGGUCGCCGACGUUCCGGUGUGGAAGCGCACCAUCGCUCGCCAACGCGGCCAGACACCAGCGCCACGUCCGAAGAAGCCAGCAACGAGACGGCCCGGCGUCUCUUUCGCGGCGGCAGCAUCAGGGGAACCCUCCGCCGCCCCAACAGCGUCGGCCGCUCCUGCUCCCGCCGCAUCCGAGGCCUUGCCAACACCUGAGGCUCCUGCGCCUCCAUCACAGCUGCUAGUGGCGGAACUGGGAGCUGCCUCUCCCGGGACGUCGGCUGGACUGCGCCCCGCCAACCGCCGGCGCGGGGGUCAACGCCCCGUGGGUACCCAGCGCUCGGCACCGUCAGUCGAGCAGCCCCAGGUGGACUCUCACAGCGCAGCAGCCGCGCCUCCCCCUUCCAGCGACGGGGCCGCGCCGGCUGCCUCCGCCGCUGACCUGGCCAACCUCGUCGCGCAGCUCACUGCCCUAGUGACCAGUGCCAUGAAGUUGAUCGAAGUCCUGUCGCAGCAACUCACCGCUGUAGUGCCGAUGGCCGCUCCGGCCCCAACCGCUGUCAACCCUCACCAGAUGCACCAUGCGCAGCGUUAG